AUGCGCAGUGUGAACGCUCCUACAUUAGAAACUAUUCGUAAAACAUUUGCUUCAGCUUCUAGUACUACUACUACCAACUCCUCCACCAUAACCAAGUCCAACUCAAAUUCCUCGAACGCUACCGAUACAAUCGAUACUACUACCAGUGCUACUACAACAAGCAAUAAUGUUGUUGCAAACGUCGACGCUGCUGAAACAGCGCCCUUUACAACAACACCACCAUCACCACCAACCCAUUCACCAUUCUUUAGCAAGCUACCAGUAUCGCCUUCCUUUGACGAGAUGUUCGCCACGUCACCGUUCAAGAGCCGAAUUUAUGACGAAUUCGAAAGAUUUUGGCGUAGCUUUGACCAUACCACAUAGCCAAGCAGUUUUCUACACACCUAUGUAUAUUGCAACAACAAAUUAAAAAAAUAAAUAAAUGCAACAGCAUUUCGUGUGAUUUGCAACUAGCAAGCCGAGUAUUCCCGAACCCUGUGAAUGAAACCCCGUAUUGUGUAGCCUUAACUACUUACGUCUUAUAUACACCUACUACCACUACUACUACUACAAUUACAACAACAAAAAAAUUAUUAAGCUAUUUUUAUUUUAUAUAAAAUAUUACUAAAAUUUAAAAAACUACUGUUACAAAACCAACCCGCUUGUAUAAUUAGUAGGUGAAAAUUAUGUCUGUAUGCUCUCAAUUAAAUAAUUAAUAAUAUGUAUGUAAUAAAAAUUAAUGCAGUUCUUUGUUGAAUAAAAAAUACAUAUUUGUU